AUGAGAUUGGAAAACAUCUUCGCCGAGAAGAUGUCCUCAUCAGACAAGCGCGAGAUACAGAGACGGCUCGAGCGUGUCAGCAUGCCUCCGCGCAUUUCCACCAGCUUUCCAGGAGUCAACCAAGAAGGGUAUCUGGCUCCUGAGCAGUCACGACUGUUGCCUUCUCCCAGCAAAGUUCCGAAUUCUAGUCCAAGAAGACGGAAGAACAAGAAGGUGGACCAGAUCUUCUAUGGAAGUGAGAAUACUCAGGAUACUAAUCAGAAGCCCCGCCGUAGAGCAGACAUCGAAGAGCAAUUAAGGCAAGAUCCAUACCACACAUUUCUCGAAGGUGGAAAUUUGCCCGGAGACCUUGACUUUAUCGACGAAGUUGACACCAACGUGCAAAGACCGGUGCGGUCAGAGUACCUCAACGACGAGUCGCCCAACACGCAACAGUCACGGAUUGUCGCACCAGAAUCAGUCCGAGACAAGCUUGUAAAGACACCUAGGCCACCCAUGGUAAGUGUCCUAUGCGGUCGGCAGGAUCCAGGGUCAUGGUACUUGACGCGACGUUUGGUUCGUAUGCCAGGGAACGAUGGCGAUGACGUAGUGUCACUGCUCAAACGCCGAAACAUUGACUCAGAUGCAGCGGAACUACAUCGACUGUGGCGACACACUGGCAUCAUUCCGACGCGUUAUCGCGAUAUCAACUUUGAUACGGAUGGCAUCAAUCCGCAGCAUACGUGGAUCGCAUGCUGGCCACUGAUGAAUGCAGCCAUAUAUGGGUACAUGAUAGAGGACAUUGAGUUCGUUGACCGAGUGAUGGAUCUUCUGGAAAAGAAUAUAGUGAAGGGUGUGCGUCCAGACGUUGACACGGUUUCCCAUAUUUUUGGCGAGAAGCGACAGCAUAUGCCGAUGAUGUUGCAGCAUUUCCUGGUUGAUCGCUGGGUCGAUCAUAGUACCAGAGGCUUUGAGGAUGUCGAUCCGCAUAGUUUACCGGAGUUCUUCAUCUGCGCUGCACUCGAUACGGCCACGCGACGCCUCUCGCACAUGGCGAGACAUUCGUCGUCAUCUGGCUGUCAGUAUCAUACGCAUCCGAAGUCAGUGGAGUGCUACAGGGAUAGAAAUAGCCAAGCAGAGGCAAUGAGACAAGGACGCUACAAAUAUCGUCGUGAAAAAGCGAGUCGAGAGGCUGAAAAGGCUGCCGCAGAUUCUAUCAAGUACGGUAUUGCGACAGUUGACUGGGAGGCGCGAAGAGCGGAGGCGCAUCGAGCGCUUCACGACCAGGUCGAUGAUUACUCACCUACUACCAGCAGCUGGAUGGAGACUUCAGGCCAAGGCGUUGAAGGGAAUGCAUCGGAGCAGGUUGAUUGGACGUACGGUGCUCCUGCGCCAGAAAGAGAGAAUCCAGAAUUCUACCUCAACUUUGGGUCUUCGUCCAUGUUCGGGACCACGCGGGCAGAUGGCGCUCUCGAUGAGGUGAAGGUCGCCCCACCAGCGGGUGAGCCACCGCUGCCGCCACCAACAGACAUGCCUGUCGAUGACCCUGAUAGUACGAUCGAAAGCAACCAGUACGCUGCAGUACCGACAGGAGAUAAGAAGAGUGAGAAAUCUGCGUACGAUGACGCGAUGCCCUUCGUAAAGAAUGAGGGAGACUUUGAGUCGAUACCCUCAAACGCGACUGCUGUCGCGCCUGAAGUCCACGCGUGCGCACAGGCCACAUCACCAGAGAGCACACGCCGGAAGAAGCGCGCCACAUGUCCCGGAUCGUUUCCGGAAUCUAGGUCUGAAGUUUGA